UAAAGAAGCAAUUCACGAAGAAGGCUUAGAGGAAAUCAACCAAACAUUGAAUGGAAGUGAAGUCUGGAGCAGUGGAUCUCAUUAGGAAUAAUUUGAAGUCUCUACUUGAAUGUAAAGAAAAUGGACAGGUUCUACGCAAACAGGCGCCACCAUCAAUUUACAUGGUUCCUAGUGUGGUCCAAGAUCUGAGCCCAAGUUCUUUUACCCCUAGGGUGGUCGCUAUUGGACCUCUUCACAGACAUGAUGAACAUUUGCAAGGAUUUGAAGUUCAAAAAAUAACUUAUUUAAAUAAUCUGUUGCAUCGUUUCUGUAUGGUGCCAGAGCAAACAUUGAGAAAAUGUGUCGAGAAGGUGAUUGGUUCAAUAGAUGAGAUCAAAGCAUGUUAUGCAGUGUCGACCACCUACGACGAUUUGGAGCUUGCUAAGAUGAUGGUGAUAGAUGCUUGUUUCAUACUUGAGUUCAUUCAGAGUGUUUUAGUGGGGUUAUCAGUUGGGACAAACACAUUGAUUAUCGGAUCAAUACGUAAGGACAUGCUACUGAUAGAAAACCAAAUCCCGUAUUUUAUUCUAGAAGACAUCUUCGAGUGUACUGUUUUAGCAUCUGGACAAAUGACCUCACUUACCAUGUAUAUGAGUGUAUUUCUACGUCCUUACUACUUCCCUGAAGGAAAUGUAGUAGUCCCGGAUGCUUCCGCUCCUGAACAUAUUCUUGGCUUUUUACACAAAUAUUUCCAGCCUGCGGAACGGAUGCCAUUAAAUCCCUGGCCAAGUAUAAAACGCCACUCAGCAAUGGAACUGCAUAGGGCAGGGAUGAAGUUCAAGCCUUAUGAAGAUGAAAAUUGGGCACUGGCUAUGGAACUGGAAUUACCCUUACCUUUGUUUCCAUGGUUCCAUGAUUUCAUUGCCAUUCCCCAAUUUUCAUGGUUCCGACCACCUACUCUGAGGAUGCCAAAAGCGCGUAUACAUGAUUCCAGCGAAUUGAUUUUUAGGAACCUCCUUGUCUAUGAGCAUGUUAAGUUAUAUCAUGAGAGAUAUGUUACAUCAUAUGUGUGUGCCAUGGAUAUGUUAAUCAAUACUCCAGAGGAUGUUGCCCUGUUGGUAAAAUCAAAAGUCCUUGUAAGUUUAUUUGGUUCGUAUGAGGAAGCUGCAGAUAUGAUAAACAAGUUAUGCAAAAACAUUCCGUUCAAAUUGUAUUACAAACAACAGUGGGAAGAAAUGGAUGUCUACUACAAUAGUUACUGGCCUAAUACUCUUGCAGGGUUGAAGCGUACAUAUUUCAAUAAUCCAUGGAAUAUCAUUGCUCUGUUUGCUGCAUUUGUCCUGUUUGCUCUUACUGUGGUUCAGACCAUCUUUACCAUCAAGGCCACAAAUGGGACCAGUGUAGCUAGUAACCACUAGAUUUAUACUGUUUUUUUUUUUCCUACUUUAGUUGUAAUCGCUUUUACUUUUAUGCAUUUUCUUUCUUUUUCCUCUGUGUAAUCAAGUCUCCCACAUUCAUCAUGUAUAAGUUUAAUAUGUCCGCUUUAAACAUUUUCCUUUGCUAUAUGCUAGCUACUACGUACCAACAAUGAGU